AUGGGAAUAUUAAAACUAAAGAGUGAAAAAAAGAAAAGGGAAAAAAUAAAAGAAACUAAAAUAAAUUAUGAAAGGAGCUUUAAAAAAACCAAAAUAAAAGAUACAAUAAGUAGUAAAAAGGAUGAAGGAAAUGAAUUUGAUAUUUCAGUUUUUAUGAAAACAAAUCAUAGUUCAAAUAAAAUUCGACAAAUAAAUUAUGGUAAACUAGUUAAAAGUAUAAAAAGUAAUAAUAAUAUAAUUUUUAAUAAUAUAGAAAAGAUAUUAGAAAUAUUUGCAAAUGGAAUUAUUGAUGAAGAUGAUUGUAUAAGAAAUUAUUCAGCCAAAAUUUUUUAUUAUAUAUUAAAUAGUUAUAUAAAUUGUGAUGUUUAUUUUAAUAAAAUAAAAACAAGUAUAUUUUAUUCACUUAAAGGAAAGAUUGAAAAAUUAAAGAUUUAUAAUUUAGAAUUAUGUUAUAAUUUGUUUUUUAAAAAAAUUGAAUAUAGCCAUAAUUUUUUUUACGAUUUUUUAAAUGCUAUUUUAGAUUGUUUUAUUUCAUUACCAAUUGAUAAGAAGGUAAAGAAUGUCAAGUAUAUUUUUCUUUUGUUUGAGCAAAAGGCUCAACAUAAAAGAUGUGUAAAAUUAGGAAAAGAUAUGAAGAAAAUAAGAAAUGAAGAAAAUAAUAUGUUAAGAACAGAAAGGAUGUGUGAUAAAUUUGAAAAAAAUGAUAUAAAUUAUUAUUUUUGGAAAAAUAUAUAUUUAGAAGAUGAUCAGAAUUAUAGAAAAGAAGAUGAAUAUGAGAGUAUAAUAAGACAAAAUAUAAUUAACAAUAAUUGUGACAAUUUUUUAAUAAAAAAAGAUAUAAAAACGAGUAUAAAUAUAGAUACAAAAAUAAAUAUAUAUAUAAAAAUGUUUAAAUGUUUAUAUAAUUUUUUAGAUGAAAUAGAAUGUAAUAAUAUGAAUAUAGAAAUAAUAUCAUUAUACACAAAAAUAUCAAAAUGUAUAAUUUAUUUUAUAAAAAAAAAAAAAUCAAUUAUAAAGAUUGAUAUAAUUUUAUUAAUAAAUAAAUUUAUAAAAAAAUUUGUAGAAAUAAUAAAUAAUAAAUUAAAUAUUUUGAAUGAUAUAUUUAAUAUAUCAAUUUUAUUAGUUUUUCGAUUUUUGGACAUGAUUUAUUAUUUUGUUAUUAUGAUUAUAUUUUUGUGUGUAAAGGAUAUUAAUUUAUUUGAAAUUGUAAAGAAAAAAAUAUAUAUUGAUUUUAUUUAUCUUAUUAAAUAUUGUGUAACUAUUUAUGUGUAUGUUCUUAUUGUAUUUGAUUUUUUUAAAAUAAGUAAUAACAUUACAGAUUAUAGUGAAGAAUUAAAUAAGCAUGCUGAUAGAAAUGUGGUUGGUAUAGAUGAUGAAGUCAAUAUUUUAUGUAGAAAUGAAAUAUGUAAAUAUGAAAAAGAAUGUGAAAAUAAAAGCAUGUUUGAUAGUUUUGAAAUUAAUAAAGAGAAUUGUAAUGAAGUAGGAAAUAAUAUGAAAAAAUGGAAUAAAAAAGAAUUUGUUGUAAAAUAUUUUAAGAUAUUAAUAUAUUUUUAUAAUAUAUAUAUAAAUAUAAAAGAGGGUAAACAAAAAAUAUUUAUAAAUUUUAUCAUAACAUUGGGGGGAAAAAAUUUAAUUAAGAUAGAGAAUACAGAAAAAAAAAAAUUUAUAAAUAUAAUAAUGGAUUUAAUAAAAAAAAAAAUUGAAAUAUAUAAUUAUGAUAAUGAAGAAAAAUUAAUUUGGGAACUUUUAUUAAAUUAUAUUAACAAUUUUUCCGAAAAAUCAAUUGAAAAAAUAAUAUACUUAUGUUAUUAUAUCGUUAUUUUAUCUCAAACACAAAAAAAACAAAACAAAAAAAAUAAUGAAAUAGUUUUGAAACAUUUAUUAGAAGAAAGAGCAAUAAAUAAAAGAGAGGAUAGCGAUAAAACUAUGAUUUCUGAAAAAUGUACAAAAGGAAAUAUUAAAAGCAAUGAUAAGGAAAAUAAGAAUGAUAUAAUAGCAUUGUCUUUUUUUACAGCACCAUUUAUGUUUAUAUUUUUAGCUGAUUGUAGUUGUUUUAUAAAUAACAAAUUUUUUGAAUUUUUUUAUAAAUGUAUGAAAAUAAACGAUAAAGAAAAAGUAAUUAAAAUAUUGUUAUUUUUACAAAAGGAGGAAAACAUAAAUAUAAUCACCAAAAAUGUGUUUAACAGUUUUAUGAAUAAUUUAAUAUAUUUUUUGAAUAAUUGUAAUAACAGUAUUUUCAUUAAUAAUUUCAUAGGAUUUAUUUCUAUUAUUCAAAAUAAUAUUAAAUGUGAAAAUGGGAAUAGUAAGUUGGCAAAGGCAAAUAAAGGGUUAAAGGAAAAAGGUGACAAUUUUGAACAAAUUGAUAAAUUAAUAUUACUGGAUAUUCGACAAAAUUUAAAAGAAAUACUUGAAGAAAAAAAGGAAAUAUUAAUAAGUUAUUUUUUAAAUCGAAAUAAUUCAAAUUUAUUAUCAUUAAAAAUAAUAAGAAUUUUUUAUCACAUAUAUGGAGAUAAAAAUUGUAAACUUUUGAAUUUUAUUUAUUGCAUUAUAAUAAAAUAUAUAAAUGGAAAGUAUGGGGAUAAUUUUAUUUUGGCAAAAAAGGAAGUUAAAAUGUUGUUACAUGGUUUAUUUUAUGGGCGUGAAAUAAAUGUACACACACACUUUAACAAGAAUAGUGACCAAAACAAUGACAAAAACAUAUGUUCAUCAAUAUAUAAUAACGCUUGUUUUUAUAUGUUAAAAGAAGAUAUAAAAUCAGGGGUUUAUAUAUUGGAUAAAUAUUUAUAUAAGGAUAAUUUUUUAAUUUUUUUUUUAAAUUUAAAAAUUUACAAAACAUGGAAAAUUUUCAAGAAUGAUGUAUAUUCUUUUAUUGAUGAAAAUAAUAACUAUAAAAAUAUUAACAUUGAAGAUAAUUUGAAAGAUAUAGAAUAUACAAAUUUAAUUUUAAUAUUAAAAAAAAUAUCAUAUAUUACUUCUCAUAUUAAUGUAUACAGAUUAUCAAAUUCGGAUAAAUGCAUAAAUAAUAAAAAUAUAAUUGUUAGUUAUAUUUUUAAGUUAAUAAAAAUAAAUAUUUAUGAUAAAUUAUUCGAUAAUGGUUAUUCAAAUGAUAUAUAUAUACCAUAUGAUCGUAUUUUUAUAAAUAUAAAGAUUAUUUUUUUCUUUAAUUAUUUAUCAUAUUAUUUAUUUCAUUCUUUAUCUUUGCAAAAAUGCGAAGAUGCUGUUAUUUCGAUAAAAAAUUUUAAAGAUGAAAUAGAGAAAUCAGAACAAGUUAUAGAAUUAAAUAAUAGCUUAAAUGAUGAUAUAGCAAAAGAAAUAACUGAAAAAAUGGAUAAAAAUGUAGAUCCUUAUUAUUGUGUGAAUAAUGAAUGUAUAGAGAAGAUAAUGCCUUCUAAUUUGUUAUUUUUUUUAAAAUCAUUUUUUAAUAAUCCAAAUAGAAAAAAUGUGAAUGAAAUCAAUUCAGAAAACAUAUUCAAUGAUAUAAUAAUGCAUAUUAUUUUUUCAAAAGAUCUUUUUAAUUUAAUAUAUGAUAAAAGAAAUUAUUUUUAUUAUUUAUCAAAUAUUAAUGUAAAUUUAGAUCAUAGCAGUGAAUUUAUUGAUAAUGAUUAUAGUUUUAAAACCCAUAAAAUAAUUCAAGAAUUAUUAAAUAAUUUUGAAAGAAAUAUAGAUAUAAUUAAUUUUAAGGAAUUAACAACUUUACGAGUCAGAAAAAUACUAAUAUUAUUUUCUCUUUUUAUUUUUAGAAUAUCCUAUAAUGGAAAUAUAUUGAAGAGGUCAUUUUUGAAAUAUGAAAAUGGUGAUAUAAAGAAAUAUUUAAAUUUUUUUAAUUUUUUUAUUUUGUUUAAUUAUUUUGUAUCUUAUUUAUCUGAGGAAAUACUAGUUGUAGCAGAUAAGCAGUUUUCAUGUAGUGCUUACUACACAAUCUCGUUUCUUUUAGACAUAAUUUUGUGCUUCUAUGGGAUUAUUGAGAAUAUCGAAAAAAUGGAAGAAUUCCCUGAUUAUAGAGAAUUAAAAAAGAAAGAAAAUAAUAAGAAAGAAUUUGGAGAGAAAAAAAUAUCAGAAAUAAAUAACGAAAUCCUGAUGGAAAUAAGAAAUGAAUUAAAAAUUUUGAAUAAAAAAUUGAAACACACAAUUGAAGAAUUAUCCAAUAAAGGAAAAAAAUAUUUUUUUCCACAAACAGAAAUACUUAUUAACAAAAUUUGA